UAGAGACAACAACUUGUCAACUUAAAGUUCUGUGCUCCAAAGAUGGUGUGGAAUCAAAACACUGUUACUCAUCUGAACGUCAUGGAGCUCACAGCAUCAGUCCAAAGAUUGAAUGUGUUUUGUUCUCCCAAUCUAGGCCAGACCACUUGAGCUGCCAUGUGAAGCAUGUGCAUUCCUCAGAAAGACCGUUCAAAUGUCAAGUAACGGCCUGUACCUCUGCUUUUGCCACCAAAGACAGACUGCGCUCCCACAUGAUCAGACAUGAGGGCAAGGUGACCUGCAGCAUCUGUGGGAAGAUGCUGAGUGCAGCGUACAUCACCAGCCAUCUGAAGACUCACGGACAGACCAACUUCAACUCCUGUAACAAAG